CUCAACGCCACGCACCAGGUCGGCUGCCAGUCCUCCAUCAGCGGCGACACGGGGGUGAUCCACGUGGUGGACAAGGAGGAGGACCUGAGGUGGGUGCUCACGGACGGCCCCCACCCACCCUACAUGAUCCUGCUCGACGGGAGCCUUUUCAACAGGAGGGUGCUGCUGCAGCUCAAGGGAACCUCCCGCGUUUCAGGCCUUGCCGUAGCCGCUGCUAAACCCAGCCCUCCCCAAGGCUUCUCCCCUGGUUUGCAGUGCCCCAACGACGGGUUUGGUGUCUAUUCCAAAGAUUAUGGCCCUCAGUACGCGCACUGCAAUAGCACGGUGUGGAAUCCCGUGGGCAGUGGGCUUUCCUACGAGGAUUUUGACUUCCCUAUUUUCCUCCUUGAGGAUGCCAACGAGACUCAAGUUAUUAAGCAGUGCUAUCAGGACCAUAACGUCCCCCGUGACGGGGCUGGCCCGGAGUACCCCCUGUGUGCUAUGCAGCUCUUCUCCCACAUGCACGCUGUCACCAGCACUGUCACCUGCAUGCGGCGCAGCUCCAUCCAAAGCACCUUCAGCCUUAAUCCAGAGGUGGUGUGUGAUCCUCUUCUCGACUACAACGUGUGGAGCACCCUGCACCCCAUCAAUUCCUCUGGAAAAGUCGACCCUGACAAAGAAGUCAUUAUUGUUGCUACUCGAAUCGACAGCCACUCCUUCUUCUGGAACAUUGCCCCGGGGGCAGAGAGCGCCGUCUCGUCCUUCGUGACCCACUUGGCCGCUGCUGAAGCCCUUCACAAAGCGCCCGACGUGCAGCUGCUGCGGAGGAACGUCAUGUUCACCUUCUUCCAAGGGGAGACCUUUGAUUACAUUGGCAGCUCGCGUAUGGUGUAUGAUAUGGAGAAAGACAAGUUUCCUCUCCGCUUGAACAACAUUCAUUCAUUUAUAGAGUUGAAUCAGGUGGCUCUAAGGAAUGACUCUGUUCUGUGGAUGCAUACGGACCCCGUCUCUCGGAAGAAUGAAUCUAUUCAAGGGCAGGUUGAAAACCUGCUACAAAUCCUGAGCAACAGCAGCACAGGAGCAAAUGUGACUUUGCAGGAGGUCGGAUAUUCCCAGCCUCUUCCCCCCUCCUCCUUCCAGCGCUUCCUUCGGGCCCAGCACAUCCCGGGAGUGGUCCUGACCGACCACCGCGCGUCCUUCCACAACAGAUACUACCAGAGCAUGUACGACACUCCGGAGAACAUCGGCGUGGAGUACCCUGAGGGGCUUAGCCCCGAGGAGACCCUGGAGUAUGUCACAGACACAGCCAAGUCCCUGGCAGAAGUUGCCACCGUGGUCGCCCGUGCUCUCUACCAGCUUGCAGGGGGAGCCAGCAACACCUCUGCUAUUCAGGCAGAUCCAAAAACGGUCGCUCGAAUGCUGUAUGGGUUUCUCAUUAAAAUGAACAAUUCCUGGUUUCAGUCCAUCAUUAAACCAGACCUAAAAGUAAUUCUAGGUGAUGUUCCCCAACACUACGUAGCAGUUUCCAGCCCCGUGAACACUACCUACCUCGUGCAGUAUGUGCUGGCCAACCUCACAGGCACCGUUGUCAACCUCACCAAGGAGGAGUGCUUGAACCCUGAAAAAACACCCAACACUGAGAAGGAAAUGUACGAGUACGCCUGGGUGCAGGGCUCUCUGGACCCUAACUCGACAUCACGGGUGCCCUUCUGCGUCCGCUCCACCGUCCGCCUGAGCAAAGCCCUCUCUCCUGCCUUCGAGCUCAGGCAGUGGGGAUCCACGGAGUACUCCACGUGGACAGAGAGCCGCUGGAAAGACAUCCGUGCCCGGAUAUUUCUGGUAGCCAGCAAGGAGCUCGAGAUGAUCACUUUGGCCGUGGGCAUCGUCAUCCUCAUCUUCUCUCUCCUCGCCACGUAUUUUAUCAACGCCAAAGCAGAUGUGCUUUUUAGCCUCCCUCGGGACUCUGGGGCAGUGGCUUACUGAAGAGUCUCCCUGUGCUUCAGAAGUCUC